AUGAUGGAGCCUGACAAGUUCCCCAUAUUAGUACCUAAGAAAAUGCACAACAUGAAAUGUUAUGCAUAUAUUGCUGCGUUUGCUGUGUUCCAAACCUUAAUCACACUGGCUUUUGGAUUAUUCCCGAUGCCAACUGAAACUCCUACGGUCAGGGCGAGAUCUGUGGCAAUCCAAGACUACUGUGCUUCAGAUGAACCCUUCUUCAACAUUACCCUGGUUGCUGAAGUUGCAGUGAGGAACAAGAAUUUUGGGCAUUUUAGGUUUGAUCCCAGCAGAGCUAAUGUCACAUAUGGGGGUGUCAUAGUGGGCAAUGGAGACAUAACCAAAGCAAGAGCCAGUGCUAGGAAGACAAGGAUAAUGAAUGUGACCAUUGAAGUGAGAUCAGCUGGGGUACUAUUAGAUGGUGCCAGGCUUAGCAAUGAGCUUAAGUUAAAAUAA